UUACGUUUCGGCCGCGUCGCCUUCAGUUCUCUAGUGUUCCGUGUCCAGGCUACUCUGUAUCCGCGGAGGCGCCUGCGAUUGCAAAAGCAAAAACCAAAAACCAAAACUCAUUGUCAUUCAUAGUUACUUUCCGUGUGUGCGUGUGAAUUGCGCCAGUGCGUGUGCGUGAGUGCGUAAACCGAAGGCGUCCGUAGUUUUCCACGGGCUAGCACGGCGAUUAAGACACCGAGAGCGGAACCCGUCAACAGGGAAUCCCUUAAAGCACUUCCUCAGCCUCAGCCUCAGCGCUCAGUCUCAGUCUCACUCAGCGCCACCGUCGCCAUCUCCUUUUCCUGUUCCUGGACGCCAUUCAUCAGCCAUGAAGCACUCGCCGCUGAUUGCCAGCGCUUGUCUCGCGCUGGUGUUGAUGUCAUCCAGCCUGAUUGGCAGCUCGGAGGCCAGAAAGAAGAAGUAUGUCGGCGAGACGGGUGGCGAUUUUGAGUUUAUCGAUGAGAUAAACAAAAAUACGCAGAGCAACAAGAAUCUGGGGGAACACAAGCGUUGGAUUCAUGAUCCGUCGAGUGACCUUUGCCGACCGCUGAACUGCAAGAAGCGUGAAAUUUGCCUGCUCGAGGACGAGUUCAGCGCCGUGUGCGUGUCAAAGAAGGAGCUGCACAAGAACCGCGAUGAGAUAAUCAGCAAGGCCAAGUACUUGGAGGAGGAGGCCAAGCGGCGUGUCAACCAGCAGGACAACCAGGACAGCCAGGAUGCGGAGGACAUCAACAACGACGACGAGGAUAACAGCAGCGAUAGCAGUCUCAACGGUGGCAGCAGCAGCAAUCCCGGCAACAGCCCCGUCCAGGCCAAUGUCCAGGGCAAUGAGGAGAGCGACGACGAAGAUAAGAGCCUCAGUCUGGGCGACGAGGAUGAGUCCAAGGAGGAUGAUGUCUUCUAUGAGAACAGCAUUGCCGCCAGCGAUAAACAGCAGUCGCAGCAACAACAACAACAGCAGCAGCAAUCCCAGGCACCAGCAGGACCCUCUGCCAUCCAGCAGGACGACGACGAGGAGUUGGACAACUGCAAGCCGUGUCCUGUGGCCAAGCCGACGUUCCUGUGCGGCGCCGACAACAGGACCUACUCAUCACUAUGCAGAUUGGAUUAUCACAAUUGCAUACAUUCGACGUCCAUACGGAUCGCCUGCAAAGGAUUCUGUCCCUGCAAGGAGGCUGUCGAUGGCAAGCGACUGCAGCGCAUUUCAGGCUAUAACAAGUACAACAAGAAGAGCAGCCAGGACCUCCAGCAGCAGCAGCAACAGCAGCAGCAGCAGGCCUACAAGGACAGCAGCAACAACAACAUCAUGAUGAGCAGCGGCAACAUCAUGGGCGGCAAUAACAAUGACUUCAAUACGAUCAUGAAUGAUAAAGAGGAUAACAACCGGCAUUAUAACCACAUCAAUGCCCAGUACACAUUCACGCCCGAGGAGAUCAAGUACGAUAACAAGCAUUACAAAUACCUCAAGUACACGGCAUACAAGAAGGACUCCAAGUACCAGGAGGACAAGCACAAGAUGCGCAACUACAAUGAGGUGGUGGAGAAGCAGCAGCAAAAGUUUAGUAAGAACAACAACUUGAAUGGUUACCCCUCGAAGUCACCGGAGUGCAAGCCCCAGCAGUUGACCGCCAUUGGAAACCGCCUCCUGGACUGGUUCUCCGUGAUCAUGGCCGACAGCAAGAAGCGUCGCCAACAUAGCCAGAAGUCGCGAGCCCAUUUCCCGCCCGCCUGCAAGACGGAGGCCAAGUGGAUGUUCGGCCAUCUGGAUCUGAACAACGAUGGACAGCUGUCGCUGCAGGAGAUGUAUGACCUGGAGCAUGACCAGAACGAGCGCUGCAUUAAGCCCUUCAUUGACACCUGUGACCUGGACACGGACAGUGCGAUCAAUACGCGGGAGUGGUGCCGUUGCUUUGAGAAGACGGAUCGUCCGUGUGCCGCCGUACGCCGGAGAAUUGCCGGCGACUUUGCAGGUGAGAUAGGCGCCUACGCACCGGACUGCGACAUCCAGGGAUUCUACAAGCCCACCCAGUGCCACAGCUCGGUGGGCGUCUGCUGGUGCGUGGACAAGCACGGAGUCGAGUUCGCCAACACACGCACACGCGGCAAGCCCAACUGCGAGUCCGUGGUUAAUAACGCCGCCUCGCUCACAUCCGACGACGAGGACGAGGGCGCCGACGAUGAGGACAGCGCGGAGGGCAGUGCCGAUCAGAUGCUGGUCUUCUAAGUGACCCGACCGAAGGACACCGGAGGGACAGGGCUACGGAGAUGGAUGGCCCCGGGCCCCGGGAAGCCGGCACAUCCAAUCAGCGAGCCACCAUCGAGGCGGAUGCGCUAACGUUGUAACGGAAAAUUAAUAUUAUUAUUAUUAUGAUUGCAAACAAACCGAAAGUGGAAGUAAAAGCAAACGCAGCAGCAGCAGCGAAAACCCAAAAAAAACCCAAAAACCAAAAACCGAAACAUAAAUGUGCAGUAGCCAAGUAAGCGUUUUUGAAUAGAACUACGUAUAGCAAACAGCAGAAGCAGCAAAAUCACUCACUCUACACACCAUACACCCCUCACCCCAUGCCGCGAAGGAUGUUAGCGAAAAGGAUAGCUAAAACAGCAGAGGGAAAACCAAAGAAAAACUGUAGCAUAGUUGAAGGCGCAGCGCACGCAAAUUGGCAUUUCGCUGAUGCCAACAGUAGGAAAAAAAAAAAACAAAGAAAGCAAAGUAAAACUAAAACUAAAAGGAGAGCCAACACCACUACACACACACACACACAUCCUUUUGAAGGAGCCAACCAUCCGCAGCUCAAGCAAUUUGUUCAGUCAAUCAGCACAGCCCAGUCAGCCGGGAUAUCUCCUUUGUUAUCACCGCUGUUGGCCGACGGAUGGGUGGCUCCUGGUGGCUAUUGCCCGUAAUCCACACACACACUCACCCAAUUCGCAUCCGUCUAUUUUAGCCUUUUGCAGCAGAAUUAGCUCACGAUUAUCGGCCCCUCAUUCUGUACCCUGCUUUCGCGCAAGCAAAACACGACACACGCUAAGAAUUCCGCCCAAAAAAAGCAAAACAAAAAAUAUAUAAAAAUUUAUGUGAUAAGUUUUUUGAAAAAAAUGAAAGUGCGAUCGAAGACGAUGAUGGAAACUAGCAACUCCAGGCUUUCGGCACCAGAAGGAUCAACAUCGGUCUUGGAGGAGUUCAGUUCACAGGAACGUGCGGCCAAAGAGAGUAGUUUGAGCUCAUAGUUGUUGCAUAUGUACGAAACAUAAUCGCAUUCAUUUAGAGUUACUUACUUGUAUCAGACACAUGCCAGUCAGUCAGCCAGACAUAUGUUAGUGAGAGAGAUCCGGGGGCAAGGCUUUUGUGUUUUGGAAGGCAAGGAGUGGAGUUGAGUCCUUGCCAUCACCUGCACCUGCUUCUAUGUAAAACCGAUUGUCCGUAAUUCACCCUCGCGAUAACACACACACACCACACACCAGGCACACACAACACACACUAAGCAGCAUUAUCAUCAGCACUUUUGGGCGGACGUAAGACGCAUCCUUGUGAAGUAACGUAAAGGAAGGACUCUACUCGGCUAGAGAUUCGAUAAAUGGCAAUUCGCUUAUACAUGCAUAUACAAAUAAAUAUAUAAUAUGUUUAACAUGUAAGUAUAUAGGAGGCAUAAUUAAGUGGCAGCAGCAGCAGCAUCGGCAGCAGAUCGACAAAACGUAGCUCAUCCCUCAUUUUUUAAUUCCCCCUUUUGAUAUUUUUCCCCGUCGCGAGUAAAAAUAACAUCAAUUGGAAUUUUAACAUACUAUAUAUAUUUACGAGCGAAAUGGAUAAACGUAAAAAAUGCUUGCAAACAACAAAACGAAAUUAUAUAGCCAAUUGUAGUAAACAAAAACCAAUGCGUAUAAAUAAACCUUUUAAUUAUAGCUAAAAUUUAUAACCGACAAUGAACAUUAACAACAAUCAUUUGAGAUCAAUCGAAGUGUGGAGAUAAUAUCUGUUUUCGUCUGCAUUUAAAGCCAGUAUCGAAGGCAAACGAAUGUGUAAACCCUAUAACUGACUAUGUACUACGAUUACGAUUGUAUUUAUGUAUGUAUUUAUGUACUUGUGUAUUAUUAUGCAAAUUGCAUUAAUUCUAGGGAGCCAGAAGGGGUCGCCACCGCAGAAAUCGUAUAUCCAAUUAGAACAGACCUAUUGGCACCAAAACUCUGGCUAAAUCCUUAUUACCCUCCAUUGUUUCACUCGAUUUCCCACAAUUAACCAUAGCAUUUCCCCCUACACGAUACGUAAUACGUAAUGCAUUUUGAGAACAUUUCCAAGGAACCAUUUGAUUCGAUAGCACAGGUUUUCGUUUCUACCAACUAAAAUUCGUUUAUGUACGGAAGAUGAAAUCAAUAAAUAUUAUUUAAUGCAAUUUAA